UUAACAUAUUCCGGAUGCGCAUUGCCCUCCACUUAUGGGGAAUCGUUUCGUCGAUCCGAACCCUUUUUGAACCUCCAGAUACACGAGAGAGAGAGAGAGAGAGAGAGAGUGUGUGUUUUGGUACGGUCUCGUCUUUGUUUGAGUUCUAGAGAGAGUCGAAUCUUUUGAAUGCAAUUUCCCUCUGUAAAAGCUACAAACCUCAAUACUAGUGUUUGAAAUGCCCCGUGAAUCUCAAAGCCAAGCUCUUAACAAUGGCAUUGAUGUGUACUUCACAUGUUUGUGUCCAAUACGAUACUUGUACCUUUAUAUAUAUAUAUAUAUAUAUAUAUGCAUGGAGAAGAAGAAAGCUUAGAGUACAUGGAACAUAAGAUUCAGGAAUAGCAGUGAGGCAUGUACUUCAAAGUUUCUGAUUUGUUCGACCAUCACACAAGUGAACUCUCUGUCCCUCGCAGUUAUACUUGAACAUGUAAACUGAGAAGUAUAUGAUUGUAGGGAAUGAAGCCAUUGGUCCGCAGAGCAUUGUCUAUUUUUGUAUCAUAUUAACAUUUUGUGUGAUAGAGGGAGGACUCGCAUACUUGACAGUACUGCUAAUCCUUGACAUUUUACCUUGCCUGAUUUUUGUAUGUAAAUGUAGUAGUAUAACUCCCGGAAUAGGCUUAUUCCAAUCAUCACCUUUUGUCAAUCACCGUCUUGAGUCCUAUAACUAGUUGAAAUAGGAGCCUUGGGAGGUUCUGAUGCACCGUAUGAAGUCUGCUGGUUAGAUUGAACUAUGACAUGUUUGAUUCCCCUAGAGGUUACUCAGGUGAAGAAGGAAGAUAGGAUCAAUUUCAUGGACAGUGAGACUUCAUCGAGUUCGGUAAAUGGCCCUCAAGAAGCUUCCAAUUUAGAUGAACUCUUCAUGCAGCAGAGCUUGCUCUUUUCAGAUAGUUUGAAGGACCUGAAGAAUCUGAGGAGGCAGUUGUACUCAGCUGCAGAGUAUUUUGAACUAUCUUAUUGCAAAGAUGACCAGAAACAGUUAGUGGUGGAAACCUUGAAAGAUUAUGCUACAAAAGCUCUUAUUAGCACCGUGGAUCACUUGGGUUCUAUAGCAUACAAGGUCAACAAUUUCUUGGAUGAAAAAGUUGAUGAAAUUUCUGGAACAGAGCUUCGCUUCUCUUGUGUCGAACAGAGAUUACGAACAUGUCAAGAUAUCAUCGACCGUGGUGGCCUUUAUCAGCAAUCAUCUGUGGUGAGAACUCCAAAGUAUUAUAAGGGCUAUAUCAUUCCAGUUGGGGAGACUAUCCAUGCUAUUGACAACAGUAAAUCAAUAUACAACAGUUGUGUCCUACGUGCUCAAAAAGUUUCUCAUCAAUCUAAGAACAAAGCUCUUCAAGCAGCAAAAGUGCAGCAGCCGCGUUCACCAUUAAUCAGAAAAGGGCACUCUAGGUUGCCUUCUAGGGAAUCUCCUGCAUGUCCUGGAGCCUUUUCAUUCACUAGGAUUGCAUCCAACAAAGAAUUAGGGAAGCGAGCAAUUUCCCCACUUUGGUUUCCACUUAACCGUUCCGGAUCUCUUGUCAGUAGACCAAUCACUCCAAACUCUUUCAAUGCUAAGCAGCAGUGGCCAUCAGAGCAUCGGAGAACUGUUUCACUGCCUAACCGUGCUGAAAAAGAGAGGGCUAAAGAGAUGGAACAACAUUCCAAGAGAAGUAGACGCCUUCUAAAAGCCUUGCUCAGCAUGAGCAAGUCCAAAAAGGAUGACAGGGUGUACAGAUACAUAGAUGGUGGUGACUGAGAGGACAAAGAAAAAGUAGCAUAGUUAAGCUUUUCACAUUGUGUGGUUCCCAUACGACUCAUGUAUAUUAACAUCAACAUUACCGUUCACUGGUGUUUCUAUUAUCAAUAAACUACAAAGCAUGUACAAGCUCACUGAAAAAGGCAAUUCAAUUUGUCACAA